AUGGUCGACCGAAAGCGAGGCGACUACCUCUGGGACCUGAUAUUCUUCACACUAAUCUCGGGAACUGGAUUCUUCCUAGCAAAGAAUUUCUUGUCAAGCUUGCAAACGACCCUUGCCGAUCCCGAAAAGGAGAAGCACGAACAGGCCAGAAUCCGAGCUCGGGCGAAUCUCCAGCGAUUACAAAAGUCUAGAGAAGAUGGUGAAGGUGGUGACUAUGACGAAGAUUCGAGCGGCAACGCGCGACAAGGACCGCGGAUAGAAGAUCUCGAACUCAACGAAUAUGAGAAUCUGGUGGCUAUGGAGGUUGUUGCGCCAGAAGAUAUUGCUGUCGGAUUUGAUGACAUUGGCGGACUUGAGGAUAUAAUUGAGGAGGUCAAGGAAUCCGUCAUCUACCCGCUCACGAUGCCGCAUCUCUAUUCGCACGCCGCUCCGCUUCUAUCUGCGCCGUCCGGUGUGCUGCUCUACGGCCCUCCGGGUUGCGGCAAGACCAUGUUGGCAAAAGCCGUUGCGCACGAGAGUGGUGCAUCAUUCAUCAACCUCCAUAUCUCUACAUUAACGGAGAAAUGGUAUGGAGACUCGAACAAGCUUGUGCGGGCAGUGUUCUCCCUCGCCCGCAAGUUACAACCUGCCAUCAUUUUCAUAGACGAGAUUGAUGCUGUGCUGGGUACGCGGAGGAGUGGGGAGCAUGAAGCCAGCGGUAUGGUGAAGGCCGAGUUCAUGACUUUAUGGGAUGGUCUCACAUCUGCAAAUACGAGGGGUGUGCCAUCAAGAAUAUGUGUCCUUGGUGCGACUAACCGCAUCCACGACAUUGACGAGGCCAUUCUACGGAGAAUGCCCAAGAAAUUCCCAGUAUCUUUGCCAGAUAAGAGCCAGAGGCUUCGAAUAUUGCAGCUCGUCUUGAAGGAUACGAAGACAGAUCCCGAUAAUUUCAACAUCGACUAUAUCGCGAGAGUUACCGCCGGAAUGUCUGGAAGUGAUAUUAAGGAGGCGUGUCGCGAUGCUGCCAUGGUGCCAGUGAGAGAAUACAUUCGGGAACAUAAAGCAAGUGGCAGUGCCAUGUCGAGUAUUGACCCGAGACGUGUACGAGGCAUGAGGACAGAAGAUUUCUUUGGGCGAAAGGGUGGUGGACAAAUACUCAUGAAGAAUCACGCUCAAGCAAAAUCUUCAAGCGAUGAGUAUGAAGACAUUGAGGACGAAGAUCUUACAGCGGAAACAUCUACCAGUGGACAAAGAACCACACAAUAG